GGCACCUUUGACUCCUUCACGGUGCAGUACAAGGAUGCACAAGGCCAGCCGCAGGUGGUGCCCGUGGAUGGUGGGUCACGCACGGUGACUGUACCCGGGCUGUUGCCAUCCCGCCGCUACAAGUUCAACCUGUACGGGGUGUGGGGACGGAAACGGCUGGGCCCCAUCUCCACUGAUGCCAUCACAGCUGCAGUCAGGAAAGAAGAGGAACCACCAUCCAAACCACGCCUGGGUGAGCUGACAGCGUCCCAUGUCAGCCCCAACUCUGUCCAGCUGGAAUGGAGCGUCCCCGAGGGCACCUUUGACUCCUUCACGGUGCAGUACAAGGAUGCACAAGGCCAGCCGCAGAGUGGGCUGAUGUGUGGGCAGUGCCCGGACAGGGUCACUUUGCUCACUGCACCUCAAUGCUCCCUGUGUGUGGGAGUACUGUGGAUGGGGUCCCUGGGAUACUGCGGUGGGGUGGAGCCCAUGGGAGUCUUUGCGGUCAGCGGGCGCUGUAGUGGUGCCCCAGGAACGUUAUGGGUGGGGACGGUGUGGCCCCGCAGUGCUCAGCUGCACUGGGCACCUCCCCGCGUCCCCCCCGAUGGUUACAACCUCAUCUAUGGACCCCCCGGUGGCCCUGUGAAGGUGUUCCAGCGCCGCAUGGAUGGGAGCACAGACUUCUGGAGGGGGUGGGAGGAGUACGUCCACGGCUUCGGGAACAUCUCCGGGGAGUUCUGGCUGGGGAACGCGGCGCUGCACACACUGACAGCCACUGGACCCACGGAGCUGCGCGUGGACCUCCGGACGCCGUCGGACAGCGCCUUCGCCCGUUACCGGGAUUUCGCCGUCGGCGGUCCCGAGGACAAUUUCCGCCUCCACCUCGGGGCCUACAGUGGCACAGCUGGGGAUGCACUGUCCUACCACGCUGGGAGCCCUUUCUCCACACGGGACCACGACCCCCGGGGCCGCCCCCGGCCCUGCGCCGUCGCCUACACCGGAGCCUGGUGGUACCGCAACUGCCACUACGCCAACCUCAACGGGCGCUAUGGGGUGCCCUACGACCACCAGGGCAUCAACUGGUAUCCCUGGAAGGGCUUCGAGUACUCCAUCCCCUUCACAGAGAUGAAGCUGCGGCCGCAGCGUGACUGAGAGCACUAGAAAGGUUGUGGGGCGCAGCGGAGCCUUUAUGGGGGUCAAUAAAGCUGCGAGUAACCA